AUAGAGCAAAACACGUAAACAGUGAAAAUUGGAGCAUUGGAAAGCACGCACCGACGCAAUACUAUAGUUUCGUACAUACAAAACCAUGUCAGACACUCAACAAGAAGAAAGUGAUUUAUUGGCUGGCCAUCCUCCUGCAGUGAAGGCAGGUGGAAUGCGAAUUGUUCAACACAAGCAUGAGAAAGGUGAUGGCAGCCAGUCCAGAGAAGAGAAAAAAGAACAAGAGGAAGAAUUUGGCACAGUUGAUGUUAGGAGUGAUAAACAUCAUCAGUCUCUCCUACUGUCAGGGGCUGUGACAAAGGGUGACAAGGAUUUUCCUCCUGAAGCUGUGAAGAGCUACCACGAGAAACCACUGCCCACUCACGAUAACAGACCCCCCACCAAGCAGCAUGCCAUUCAGCAGCCCAGGUGAACAAGGCUCUAGAUCAGUGCCUGCCCCACCCCGGACUGCAGGCAGACUGGGAACUAGAAUUGGACCACAAAAAAUAUUUCAAAAAAAAUUCUGAUAGAAGUUUUUCAAAUUUUCUAUAUUACGUGUACUUCAAAAAAAAAAAAAAAUGUGCAAGAAUGUGUUUAGCAACUAGAUGGGGUUUUGUUUGUUAGGUUUAUCUUUUUUAUUAUGAUGAAAAAUAUCACUUGUUUUAAUUUUUUUUGAUUGAGAGAAAACAAAUUUUGAUAUUGCUCUGAAGAUGGUGGAGGGUUUAGCUGUUGUGUCUCUGUUGAUCGCUUUGUUCACCUAUUUUAUUCAGGCCAGGUUCAAGAAAAAAAGUGAAGAGAUAAAUGUACGAUAAAUCAGAAAGGAAGAUAAAUUGACAGAUUAAAAGGUUUGCAGGUUGUAUUCAGAGUGUACUUGUAUCAAGUCUAAAUUAGUAGAUGAGGAAAAUAUCUAACUUUAUAAGUGCUGUAGAUGAAUGUAUCGCAUAUAAUUUUGUACAGUUAUUAUGUGUGUGAAUAUCGCAAUAUUUUGUUGAGAAAUGAAUCUUUUUGUGUAUCAAAAUAAUACAGAUGGUUCUGUUUGUAACUAAGGGAUCUACAUAGCCUGUUUGAGUGUUGCAUUUCCUUAAGAAAAGGACAUUAGUGAAAGUUUUUUUGUUUGUUCUUGGACUCCAUUUGUUUAAAAUUUCAUAACUGUUUAAUUGCCUUUAUAUGAAGUCAUUAUAUGCUCAGUUUUUUAGUGUGUAGCUUUGGGGAAAGGAAAUAGAAAAAGAAUUUCAUAUUUUUCAGGGCAAAUUCAAAAGCAACUUACAAUUGCUUAGCAAUAUUUAAUAAAAUGGUCCAAAUAAACUUA